AGUAUAAAGAUAAUAAAGGCGUGUAGUCACAUGCACAUAUAAGCUAUUGUUGUCUCAUCAACCUGAUUCUUGCUCGCUCGAUCAUGAUCCGCCCCAAAAUUCCCGGGGAAAGUAUUAUCUGAACAUGUGAAUUCGCCGGAAUUGAUAGAGAUUAACCGUAGCUAAGAAUGCCUGUCACUGAAGGGCAAAAGAUAGAUCGCCGAAAUUAAGAGUGCGGAGGCAAACGGCGGAGGAGCGGUGGGCCCGCUGCCGGAAAAGUGACGGCAUGAUGAAGGGUUUUUUCAAGCCCAAGCCCAAGACCCCCGCAGAAUUGGUGCGCCACACGCGCGAUCUGCUCAUAUUUGCCGACCGUGCCGCCCCCGAAAUCAAGGACGCCAAGCGCGACGAGAAGAUGAUGGAGUUGAGCAAAGUUAUCCGGGAUCUGAAACAUAUACUUUAUGGAGACAGUGAUUCCAAGCCUGUAUUAGAAGCUUGUGCACAAUUGACACAAGAGUUCUUUAGGGAAGACACUCUUCGUUUGCUUAUUACAUGUCUUCCCAAGUUGAACUUUGAGACUCGAAAACAUGCUACACAGAUUGUCGCAAACCUGCAGGGGCAAAGACUACAAUCGAGGUUGAUUGCUUGUGAAUACUUGGAAAAGAACUUAGUUCUCAUGGACAUCUUGAUAGCCGGUUACGAGAAUAACGAUCUGGCUUUACAUUAUGGUGCGAUGUUGAGGGAGUGCAUACGCCACCAAUGUGUUGCAAAGUACAUUUUGGAUUCAGAGCAUAUGAAGAAAUUUUUUGAGUAUAUACAACUCCCAAAUUUUGACAUUGCUUCUGAUGCUGCUGCCACGUUCAAGGAACUAUUGACGAGGCAUAAGUCAACUGUCGCUGAUUUUCUAUCUAAAAAUGAUGAGUGGUUCUUUGCGGAUUACAACUCGAGAUUGCUUGUAUCUACUAAUUAUAUCACUAGAAGGCAAGCUGUCAAGCUGUUGGGUGAUAUAUUGCUUGAUCGUUCAAAUUCGGCAGUGAUGAUUCGAUAUGUUAGCUCGAGGGACAACCUAAGGAUCCUAAUGAAUCUUCUGAGAGUACCAUUUCUGAAGUUGAUCGAAGCUCAUGGGAAAUUAGGUGAAUGGUUUUCCCUGUUUCAUGUUCUGAUUCAGCAUCAUAUGGCCAGUUAUUUGCAGCCAAUCAGAACAAACCCCCGGAUAUCGUUAAUAUCCUGGUGGCGAAUAGAAGCAAACUUCUUCGACUUAUCGCUGGUCUUAACAACGAGAAAGAGGAUGAACAAUUUGAUUCUGAUAAAUCACAAGUUAUCAGAGAAAUUUCAGCCCUUAAACCCCAUUAACGACCAGGACAAAAUCUUGGCUGGCACUUCCUAUGUUUUCAGUUUAUUUUAAUGAAAAGCCUUCUGAAAUUUGGGUUAUGGCGUUUACUUGAGCUGUAACCUAGAUUUUAUUGUUGAGCACACAAAAGUAUUUGUGGAGAGGAGCGAAUAAGGUGAAUCUUUUACUAGCUAUUUCAUGAGGCAUAGUCAUGUUUUAUGCACCGUGUUCUUUGCAUUUCAGAACCGCAUUAUUAAGUGGUCUUCCCAUUCUUUUGCUGCU